UACACAAUGUGCCCCAUCCACAACGGGCCACACCAGAUGAACCGCCACGAUCAAAGGGGUUGGGCUAACAUGUACGAUAGGGAUUGAGGCAACACAUCGACUGAAGUUGAUCUCCAUAGUUUGAACUUUCCCGCGAAACUUCCACCAGCCCAGUCACAGUGGACAUAAGUUACGUGCGGUUUGUAGUAGUGGAUAUGAAAUUUCAAAUGCAAAGGCCAUUGUAUGAUAACUUUCUGAAGAGAUAUCACAAACAAACAACAAAGGUAAGGGUGCAUUGCAAUGGAAAGAUUAAUUACUUUCACAAACCCACACAAAAAUGAAAAGGGUAAAUUUCUCUUCAUUUUCUUUCAUAGAGACACUCGAUCAUAGGAUGCUAAAAACAGAUAAAUAGAGGUGCAUCCUUCCCUCUCUUGCUAUCUCCUCUCUUUACACAUAGCAAAGCUGCUGUUGUACUAAGAGAAGAAGCUCCCUAACAUGGCUACUAACGAACAUUCCUACUCUUCUUCUUCCCUUCAAGGGCCUUCAUCUUCUUCCCCCAUCCUGCAAGUACAACUUCCGCCCGGAUUCCAUUUCAUACCCCAUGACUGGCAGUUGAUAAUGCACUACCUCUUUUGCCGUACCCAUGAACUUGAGCCUCCAGAGGACAUAAACAUCCCUGAAAUAAAUAUUUAUGAUCACCUCCCUGAUGAUCUUAAACGCAACUUCUAUUAUGGCUUCGAAGGUGACAUGUAUUUCUACACUCGUAGGAAGUUCAUUGGAGAGCGGGUAGAACGCCUUGUAGCUGGCGGUCGUGGAUUUUGGAAGAAUACUGGCAAGGAUGACAAUAUAAAAAUUUCCAAGGACAUCGUCGGGAUUAAAAAGGCAUUUGCCUAUCGUGAGGAGAAUGGAAAACAUGCGACCGGUUGGCAGAUGCAGGAGUAUAGGCUUAAGAAUACGGAGGCAGACGACGUUGUUCUAUAUAAAAUUUACAAGAACUAACCGAAGCUCUCGUUCCGGAGGUAUACAAUCAAUGGAAGCAACCAGCCACAACAUGCAUAGCAAAUGCAAGCUUCGUUUGAGGACUCUUUCACUCCUAACUCCACUUGAGUAUAUAGGAUUUGGGUUUUAUAUAUGGAAGUUUCAUAUGAUAUCCAGAUGCAUUAUUUGAUUUCAUUCCUUGGAACUCUACUUAAGUGUAUAGGAUUUGGAUUUUAUAUAUGGAAGUAAUUUCAAAUGAUAUCCAGAUGCAUUAUUUGGUAUUA